AUGGACGACACCCACGAGCAGCUGUGCACCACUCUGGAAGACAUCUUCAGUGGCCUGCUGAAACGGGACCCGUCCACGAAUAUCACGUUUGCUCGCGCCCAUCGGGCCUUGCGGCCUAGAGGACCACUGGAGGCCCCUCAGCGGGAUGAGAUAUGCUGCCUAGAAUUGUUCAUGGAACAGGAGAGUAUCCUGCGGGCGGCUAGGGAAUUCCGGCACCCAUCGCCACCUUCAGACCAAGCUGCAGCUGUUUCCGGACCUUUUCCCAGCUACGCUACACUACACUACCGCAGGAUGCUACAGCCCUCACGCGGGCCCUGCAGUCGCAGGGGCUCCAUUAUCGAUAGCUGUUCCCAAUGGGCCUCUCCGUGA